AUGAUAGAAACAGACACAGAGGAUGUAUCGGACGGUGAGCUGAGGAGUCAGGAGAGGAUGCUGGCAGUGCUGCUGGAGCAGGCGCUCAGGAUCAGGGAGGAGGUGGCAGCCGGCCUGCAGUCCACCCAGGGCUCCGUCCAGGUCGAGGCCCUGUCCCGCAGGCUGCUGGAGAGCCACAUCCUCACAGUCACGCACAUUGUCAAACAGCUCAGCAUGGACAUAAAGGGGCUGGAGAGGCAGAUUGCCCAGAGGGACGUGGUCACCUCUGGAACCACACUGGCUGUGCAGAGCCUCGACCAGAAAAACGUGGCUGGGAUCGGAGACCUGAGAGGCAGAGUUGCCAGGUGUGAUGCCAAUAUUGCCAAGCUGAGUGCUGAUGUGAGCGCUCGGGAGAGUCAGGUGAUCAUACUGCAGCAGGAGGUGAUGGAGCUCAAGUCGUCUGUGGAUGUACGCCUGAAAGAGCUGGAACUCAAGCUUCACCAGGUCGUGAGCAGACUGGAGGCCUUGAUGACGGAGCGUUCCCAGGGCCAAAGGAGCUCCACGUCUGACCUGCUUAGCCAAGUUAAACUACUAGAGGCUAGGACCUCUGGUGAGUUGAAAAAGGCCAAGGCGGAGACAGAUAUGCUGAGGAAGUGGACAGAGCAGCAGCUCCAUAGCUCUGCUCAGACACAUGCACAGGGCAGCCAGCAGCUCCGCUCACUGCUGCAGGACAGAAUGUCCGAGGCAGAGUCCAGAUUAGCUGAGGGGCUGCAUGCUCUGGAGGCCCGGGUGGAGCGCUUUGAAGUUGAGCAGAACCAGGCCGAGCACAGCCAGGCACAGCAGCUGAAACGCUCUGAGACCAAACUCAGCAGCAGAAUGAGCUCACUGGAGAGCAGCCUUCACCAGGAGCUGCAGCUGCUCAAACAGGACUAUCACAAAGGGUUCAAGUCUGUCCAUGAUGCCAUUGAGUCCCUGAGGCAGAUUGGUGAGAUCAAAUCCCGUCUGGACAAGGAGAAGCUUGAGAAAGACAUCAGACAUAUCCGCAGCAAGGUGGUGGCACACAGGGACCUGAAGCAUUAA